AUGGAGCUUUUAGAUUUUAGAGAAGGCCCCUCAAUGGGAGAAGCCGUAGAAGUGAUGGAAGUUGUUGUUGGUACACGGUUCAUUGGUAAGAAACCAAUAGGUCGUCCCGGAUCAGAUGCAUUCAUUUCAACAGGUUUUAAUAAUUGGAAAAAGGUGAAAGAUGGAAUGAAUUGUCCUUUAAUUCAUCAUGAAGGGAAAGAUCCAAACUCCCCACAUAAAAUUGCUGUGAAAUGUUGCGAGGAUUUAAAGAAUUAUUCACAACAUAUUGACAAGCUAAUUGAGAAACAAACAUCAAAAGAAUUAGAGAAUAAUCGGUUGUGGCUCAAAACCUCAAUAGAGUGUGCUCGAUGGCUAGCAUUCCAAGCUUGUGCUUUUAGAGGAAAUGCCAAAUAUACAUCACCCACAAUUCAAAAGGAGAUUUUGCAUAUUCUUGCUAGUAAUGUGCGAAAUGCUAUUUGUGAAGAAAUUGGGGAUGCAAAAUUUUGCAUUCUUGUUGAUGAAGCCUGGGAUGAGUCGAAGAGAGAGCAAAUGGCCAUCAUUUUGAGGUUUGUUGAUAAAGAAGGUUUCAUUAAAGAGCGUUUCUUUCAUGUUGUGCAUGUUAGAGACACUACUGCAUUGACUUUAAAGAAUGAGAUAUGUGCUGUCCUUUCUCAUUACAACCUCCACAUUGAAAAUAUUCGAGGUCAAGGAUAUGAUGGGGCUAGUAACAUGCGUGGUGAAUGGAAUGGAUUACAAGCUCUUUUUCUUAAAGAUUGCCCAUUUGCUUAUUAUGUACAUUGUAUGGCUCAUAGGUUGCAAUUAGCUCUAGUUACAGCAUCUAGAGAAGUAAAAGAUGUUCAUCAAUUCUUUGAUCAUUUGGUUAAUAUUAUCAAUAUUGUUGUUGGUUCUAGUAAGCGUAAUGAUGAAUUGCAACAUGCUUAA